CGCUGCGAGAAUAGAGAUGUCCAAGUCUAAUGGCGAAGACGACCUGGAUCUGCUCCUUUCUCUCCAUGAUAGGGUUUUGGAAACCCCGCCUGCUUCUCCUGCUCCUUCCUCCCCUUCUCCAGGGUAUCUAUCGGAUGACGGGGUGCCAAAGCGCCGGGGCCAUGCUGACAUGUCAGUUUUUCGAGAUGCCGUUCAAGAUUGUCUUGAUUAUGAUGUUCAAGCUGCCAAGAAAGCUCUUAAGUCCAACAACAGCUACAAGAGGAACUCGGAUGGUGAUACUACUGAGGUUGAGAAGUUCUCAGGUUUGAGAAUUCGGAAUCAAGUUAUCUCAUCCGUUGAGCUGAGCAACCGUAUUUCAGAUAUCCGGUUUAUUCGAUUACCGGCCAUAAAGAAUUUGUUGAAAGGGGAUACUCUCUCUGGGUGCUGGGCAACUAUUGGAGUUUUAACUGAGAAAGGCAACCAAAGAACUAGUUCUACAGGAAAGCCUUUUGCAAUAUGGAAAAUUGGUUGUUUGGAUGAAAAGACUGUUUCUCUUUUCUUGUUCGGUGAUGCCUAUCAGAGAAACUGCAAUGAGAAGGCUGGAACUGUCUUUGGUCUUUUUAAUUGCGCUGUCCGCAAGGACAACUCGGAAAAUGGAUUCUGUCUGAGUGUGUAUUCUGCUUGUAACAUCUUAAAAAUCGGCACUUCUUUGGAUUAUGGAGUCUGCAAGGGGAAGAAGAAGGAUGGGAUGGCCUGCACAUUAGUCAUUAAUAAACGUAGAGGAAUAUAUUGCACCUACCAUAGACAGAAAACAUCAGAGAAAUACUCUCUUAAAAGGACAGAGCUCAAAGGAGGGAAUUUGAGGACAGCCUUUAGGGAUCCUCUGAAGCCAGAAGGAAUUUACUUGGUCAAUCCUUCAGUUAAUGGAAUAAAAUCUUCAAAAUCUCAAGCACCAUUGAAGUUAUUGUCUGUAGAUGGGUUGAAGAAGGCCUUAAGUAAUGCAGGCAAAUUAACAACUAAUGUGUGUUCGCAGGGGAUUCGAUUCCUUGCUGAAGUUACAGCCACAGGAAAAUUGAGUCCAAAAGAACCGCUAAAUAAUUCGAACAAAAGGUCAUCAACUUCAACGAAAAAGGGUCGUCAGAUAGAAAAAUCAUAUGAAGAACCAGAAACGAAAAGAGUAAAAUUGUCGCAGAGUCAAGGAGAGAGAGUCAAUUUUGUUGGAGAAAAAAUGAUCGAAUUAGAUUUUGUUAGUUCAGAUGAAGAAGUUUGAGUCCUAAGAGAUGAGCAUGCUUGGACGUAGAUUACUAAUCAUGAUUCAUUUGGUGACUCAACUUUCGGAAAUGAGUAAUAUUUACUCUUGAAGGAAACUAAUAAUAAUGUUGAGCAGAAAGUUGUUAGAUUGUUGAGUGCCAUAUUGCACUGGCUGGCGUGUUGCGACCAAACAAGGCGGUUUUGUGUUGGAAGCUCUUUGCGCAGCGCUGCACACUAUUAUGCAUCAAAGAUGGAUGUCAAUUAGGGUUUUCGGAACAAUAUCACAGGAAUUGGAACUAUUUAUGUCGCAUUUGCACUCCCCUGGUAACUUAGGUUUUGACAUACUUAAAGUACGUUUAUUU